AUGACAGCUACAGGUUCCAAGUACGAAAUUCCGGAAGCAGUCGACGAAAACUUUUUGGCGACAUUGGGCAAAGAUGUCGAGAUGCAGACAUUUAAAACGAACCUUGCUCCCGAAAGUGAAAGUUCUACUAAACAAGACAAAGCAGUGGUACUGCUGUGUGUUGGAACUCUCACAGGAAAAGAAAAUCUAUUCGUGAACGAGCAUUUCUGCCGCACGCCUCCUAAAGGGUCUCGUUUACCGACCGUAUGCAUGGAUAUCCAUUUAAAGAAGAUCAAAUUGUCAUCGGAAAAUAAGGAACAAUCAUCGGCAGCCAUUUACGAAAUCGAUCCUGAAGUUUACAAGGGAUUCAAUUUUGACUCUUGUCACGGAAGUAUAGUGUUUUGGACGCCUGAAUAUCCGGCAUCAUUAGGAGAGGUCAAAAAAUGGGUUAAAUCAAUUAACAAGCUUGCAAAUUCGCGAGUUCCUUUCGUGCUUAUAACGUUUAAUUCGAACAAUUUGGAUUGGAUAGGAAGUGGAAAGAUGUUUGAUAGCGUGACAACUCUGCAGCGGUUUUGUCGCGAGAUGGGUUUCAUUUCGUGGUACGAGAUGAAAGCGCGUGACUGGGACGGGCAGGUUUUCGAGCAAGCCAUAACUUGCUUGAUGGAUGAGAUUAAUUUGGUAGAAUCUACUUGA